AUGCAUCAAGGAACCAAGCAAACCUCUUCAUAUGGUAAUGCCACAGCAGUCAGGUCCUUCAAAGAAACACCUAAAUCUAGCUGUGUUGAUAGGAACAAUCCCACUGCUGCAAGUGUUGAGACCAAAUGUCUGUUUAUACUUUUGCUUGGAUAUUCAAUUGAGACCAAUCCAGAAGAAGUAGCAGAGCUUCCAUCAAUAAUACAAAAGUGUGGAACCGUUAGUAAAUUGUUAUUUACUGUGUAUCCGCAGCUGAACGUAGUGGGUACCAUAACACCAACUUUCCUUAAUGAACGCACAAUUCUGUCUACCCGAAAUGAUGAUGUUAGUGCCAUCAACCUUGCAGCAUUGAAUGUUUUUCCAAGAGAUACCACUACUUAUUUUGCAGCUGACAAAAUGUCCUUUGAUGAUGCACGUGAUCGUACUAUCACAAACCGGUAUCCUAAUGAGUACUUGAAUGCAUUGAAUCCUUCUGGUUUGCCUCCUUUUAAAUUGGACUUGAAAGUUGGUUGCCCAAUAAUGUUACUGAGAAAUAUUGCUCCAAAGGGUGGGUUGUGUAAUGGCACUCAAUUAAUGAUUGUCAAUUGUGCAAAUCGCAUAAUCAAAGCUCAAAUUUUAACUGGAGAUAAAUUUGGCGAUUUGGUCUUUAUUCCAGGGAUAUCCUUGACACCCUCUUCUUCUGAAAUGCCUUUUGAGAUGACAAGUCAUCAAUUUCAAUCAGAUUGGCAUACGCGAUGA